AUGUCAGACGUUUCGGACCGCGACCAGAAGUUCUUCUUCCACUAUACGCCUGUUGAGGGGUUGUCGUACCUCUUCAUUGUGCUAUUUGGUCUGGCAGCCAUCAUCCACACAUAUCUCGGCUUCAGGUUCCGCAGGCGGUAUCUCGUGUGGAGUGCCGCCAUCUGCGGAUACAUGGAGGUCAUCGGUUGGAUUGGCCGUCUUUUAGCAGCUGUGAAUCCAGACUCUUCUUCAUUGAUACCCUAUCUCCUUAACUCGCUAUUCACCUUAUUCGCACCCACGCUGCUAUUAGCCGCCAACUUCAUGCUUCUGCGGGAUAUCAUGCAACGUUUAGGCGCUUGCUAUAGCCGCCUCAACCCACGUAUAUAUGGAAAGGUCUUCGUCACCUGCGACGCCGUAUCGCUCUUCAUCCAGUGCAGCGGUGGAGGCCUCUCAGCCGUCCAGAACCAGAACACGGUCAAGAUCGGUGGCGACAUCUCCCUCGUCGGCAUCGUCUUCCAGCUCUUCGGGCUGCUCGUCUACAUCCUCCUCGGCAUCGAGUACUUCUAUCGCUACUUCAAGGACGUGCCGUUGAAGAACAAGCCGGCCGAGAUGUACUACCGCGCGGAUUUCACCCCUCGAGUGCGGUGGCUCACUCUCAGUGUGGCUUCAAUGACGCUGCUUAUCUUCAUUCGGUCGGUAUACCGCGCUAUCGAGUUAGCUGGAGGAUAUGACGGGAAAGUAGCUGCGACGCAGUGGCUAUUCGUUGUCUUUGACGCCGUCAUGAUCGCCCUUGCCAUCUGGGUGCUCAUCUUCUUGCAUCCUGGCUGGCUGUUGAUCGAGUCGGAGGCGCAGAACGUUGCUGUUCGCCCGAGGUACUCUGGAGAGCAGAGUGCUGCAUAUGAUCCCAACGCCGACUCGAGCUACUCGCUCAAACCCCUCAAAGGGCAAGAGCGCGUCUGA